CAACACCACAAAUUAGAUAUUUAAACAAGCUUUUAGUUUUCCACCGGAAAUGACUGACAUGCAUUUGCUGUCAUGUGAUAAACAUUUUUCACAGCACUGAAGUGCGGCGAAGCGUUCGGUUUCCCCAAACUAAGAAAUGUUUCUCUGCCACAGCCUGCUAAAUUGCAGUUAGCUUCAGUUAUGGAAGUGACUGGCAGUAGCUUAAUGUAAACGUGUAUAUUUCCGUUCAAGUGUUGAAGAAAAUUCACGGAUAUAACUAACGUGUUUGGAACCUGUCUAUCACCAGCACCAUGGAACCCACAGCCUCUGGAAUGUUCUGUGACAGAAUGCUCAGUAUGGUAAACGCGGAGGAUGUCAACGCCAUCAUCCAAGCCCAAAGGCACAUGCUGGACCGCUUUGAGAAGACCAAUGAGAUGCUAAUCAACUUCAACGGGCUGUCCAACGUGCGGCUGCUGCAGAUGAACGAACACUUCCUGCUUCACACGCGCACCCUGGUGGAGAUGAAGAAAGACUUGGACAGCAUCUUUAGGAGAAUCAGGACGUUAAAGGGCAAGAUCGCCAAGCAGUACCCAGAGGCCUUCAGCAACGUCCACGAGUCGCCUAUCCUGGAGGAGGACGACGACGAGUUUGAUCUCAUCCCGCCCAGCGUUGCCGCGACGAUCACCACUGCUAUGUCGGAGCAGAGCACAGAGUCAUGUGACACGAGCCCCGACGUCAUUUCCCCAACCGUGAGCCGGUGUUCCGAAGACCUCUCCCAGGAGCAGGCCGACACGCCUACCUCUGACCCAGCCCUGCCUAGCCCUGAGAUGGGCGUGCUGAGGGAUGAGGGUCCGGACUCGGUGCCUGCAGAGUAGAGCCUUCGUAACCCAGGCCUAGAGCUCUACUUAGUACCUGCGGAGUAGAGCCUUCGUAACCCAGACCUAGAGCUCUACUUAGUACCUGCGGAGUAGAGCCUUCGUAACCCAGACCUAGAGCUCUACUUAGUACCUGCAGAGUAGAGCCUUCGUAACCCAGACCUAGAGCUCUAUUCAGUGCCUGUGGAGUAGAGCCUCUGUAACACAGGCCUAGGCCUUGGGUUGGCUCAGUAGCUGUAGAUUAGAUACUCCUAUAUACAAAAGUGUGUGGACACCCCUUCAAAGUAGUGAAUUCGGCUAUUUCAGCCCCACCCUUUGCUGACAGGUGUAUAAAAUCGAGCACACAGCCAUGCAAUCUCCAUA